AAAAGAAGUUUUACUAACAGUUGAAAUAUCAAAACAAUAUGUCUUUGCCAGCUUCAUUUGACUUAACUGCUGAGGAUGCUAAAUUAUUAUUAGCUGCCAACGUCCACUUGGGUUCCAAGAACGUUCAAGUCCACAACAAACCAUACGUCUACAAGACUAGACCAGAUGGUGUUAACGUUAUCAACAUUGGUAAGACUUGGGAAAAGAUUGUUUUGGCUGCCAGAGUCAUUGCUGCUGUUCCAAACGCUUCUGACGUUGCUGUCUGUUCCACCAGAACCUUCGGUCAAAGAGCUGUGUUGAAGUUUGCCGCCCACACCGGUGCCACCCCAAUUGCUGGUAGAUUCACCCCCGGUAACUUCACUAACUAUAUCACCCGUUCUUUCAAGGAACCAAGAUUAGUUAUUGUCACCGACCCAAGAACUGAUUCUCAAGCCAUCAAAGAAUCUUCUUACGUUAACAUUCCAGUUAUUGCUUUGACCGACAUGGACUCUCCAUCUGAAUACGUUGACGUUGCCAUUCCAUGUAAUAACAAAGGUAAGCACUCCAUUGGUUUGAUCUGGUGGUUGAUUGCCAGAGAAGUCUUGAGAUUAAGAGGUGUUAUCCCAGACAGACAAACCGAAUGGUCUGUUAUGCCCGAUUUAUAUUUCUACAGAGACCCAGAAGAGAUUGAACAAACUACUGCCGAAGAAGCCAAGACUGAAGAAUCUGAAGAACCUGCUACCGCUGAAGGUGAAACCGAGUGGACUGGUGAAACUGAAGAAGUCGACUGGGCUGAAUCCGGUGCCAACCAGGCUGCCGAAGAAGCUGCCGCUCAAAACUGGUAAUUUAAUUAAGUACCUAUUAUUAUAGCUGAAAAUAAUUAAUUCAUUUUGCAAAAUUACUCCGGUUAAAGGAUUUUUGGAAAAGAAAAAUCCCGAGGCAACCUUGAAUAUGCUUGAAUAGAGCUUCUGUUUUUGUAUAUUUGUAUCUUAUAUACUCAAUGACAUAAAUAUAAAUUAUUGUUU